UUUUGCGAAAAAGUGAUUGAGAAAUGUAUUUUUUUUCUAAUAGUAGUAAUUUUGCAUUUGUGUUUCCUAAAGUAUAGUCCUAAAAACUUAAAUUAGUUAAAAAAUUAAAGUGAAAAUUUUCAUGUUGUUAUCAUAUGUCAAAAUUUUUCAUCGACUGAUUUGUCCAUGGCUUAACUGUUUGUUUACAUAUUGAAACCAACUGAACACGCAUUCGAGUUUGAUUUGCGAUGGCUACGCAAGAACAGUUAGAACUAUCCGGGCUAAUUAAAUCCGUUCAUCAACGGUUGCGUGAUUCGGCGAAGCAACAAGAUCCGGAAACGGUAUGGAAGGAACACGUUCGUGACGAAGAUUUGUUGAAAAGCUACGCAGAAGCAAUGCACAAGCUGGCCACGUGCUACUGGGAUCGGACGAUGGAAGUGAGUUGCAAACGAUCCAACAGUCGCAUCGAAUGGGUUGUUGCAUCUUGCCGGUGCUAUUUCCACGGUGCAACACCACUCCUGUACCUGUUUCGCGAGAAGGAUGAUAAAGUCAUGCAGGCCAUCGAUGCUGGAUACCAUUACGAACAUCGUCCGUACUCGAUCGAACGAAUAAAGCUGCUUGAUGUAGGCAGCUGUUAUGAUCCGUUUUCAUCCUUCCCGGAUUUCGAUGUAACGGCCAUUGAUAUUGCACCGGCAUGUUCGUCGGUGUGGAAUUGUGAUUUUCUAGAAGCAUCAGUGAACCAAACCCUGGCUAAUCCGUUUGCUUCAGAAGAACAGCAUUCCAUCGCAGCGUUCCCUAGUGAUCAUUACGAUGCGAUUGUUUUUAGCUUGCUGCUAGAAUAUCUUCCCUCAUCGGAUCAACGUUUGCGAUGCUGCCGGAAGGCGUAUGAUUUGUUAAAACCAGAAGGAAUCCUGCUUAUCAUAACACCGGACAGCCGACAUCAGGGAGCGAAUGCGAAAUUGAUGAAAAAUUGGCGCUACACGCUUGGACUGAUGGGAUUUUCUAGGAUAAAAAUCGAAAAACUAGAACAUGUAACCUGCAUGGUGUUUCGAAAGUGCAUAUUUCCAGCAGUGGGUAAAAGAUGGUGCGAUAUACAUCGAGAAGCGUACAUGGAACCAGUGUUGAAUAUUCCGCAAGACUUUAACGAGACGAAACUGGAGGAAAAGGAUGAUUGUCCAAUGGAUGUGCCACGAACAGAGGAGGACGACGGAGAAAUAAGGGAAGCCUUUGCUGGGUUGCCUUUUGUAGAAUGAAAAUAGGAACCUAUUAAAUAAACGAUUGUU